AUUCCCUAGGAUAAUGGAAAUCUCGUGACGUUAGUGGAGCUUGUAGGCCCAUGUCGAUGGAAGGUGGUAGUGCGUACGCUAAAAAGACACGAAACAAAAAUACCUGUAGCCAAGUGUUGGUUAUGCUCCCUUGUUAUUUUGAAACUGGUAUAAAAGUUGGAAUCGAAGAAUAUUUGGCAUCAGUUCUUCAACUCCUUCCAUCCACUUCAUAUCAAUCCAGAGACUUCAACGCAGUUUUGAGCUCUCCCAAAGCUCCUUUUCUUGCCUAUCAUUUGCAAAUAGUGAAGUGACUGUCAGCAUGAAGACCUUUUCCGUUGCCAUCCUUUUUAUCAUUGGAGCCGUUUUGGCUGACAACCCGCCCUCUUCCUAUCAACAGGAGCAGUAUCCUGAUGCCCCGGCUCAAUACAACUUCCAAUGGCAGGUUAAGGAUGACUAUUCCAAAAACGACUUUGGUCAAGAAGAAGAGAGGGAUGGUGAUAACACCUCCGGAAGCUACUACGUCCAACUUCCUGAUGGUCGUCUUCAGAAGGUGACAUACAAAGUUAACGGCUAUGGUGGCUAUGAGGCUGAAGUGACCUAUGAAGGUGAGGCUCAAUAUGAUCAAGCCCCAGCCGCUUCCAGCUACCAACCACGAUCUCAGCCCGCUCCUCAACCUCAACAACGUUACCAGCAAGCCCAAGCAUCGGCUCCCUCUCCAAGUUACCAACCCGCUCCUCAAUCCAAACCCAAGUAUGAGCAACCCUCUGCUGAGGCUUCAGCUCCAGCUGCUAGUUACCAACCCGCCCCAGCUGCUCCUAAGUAUGAGACGUCAUCUAGCACUCCUGUCCCUGCUUCCCCUGUUGCUCCCCAGUAUCAACAACCCGCUGCCCCGGCUCCUGCUCCCCAGUAUCAACAACCCGCUGCCCCGGCUCCUGCUCCCCAAUAUCAACAACCCGCUGCCCCGGCUCCUGCUCCCCAAUAUCAACAACCCGCUGCCCCGGCUCCUGCUCCCGUUCAGCCUAAGUAUGAGCAGCCCGCUUCUCCCACUGGUCCUCAACAAAAGUAUACCAAACCCGCCGCUCCUGCUCCAACUCCUUCAGCCCCAGUUCCUCCCCGUGUGUAUUACAAGCCUGCUCCUCCUAGUGAUGCUGCCCCUAAGAUUUACUAUAAGCCGGCCCCGCAGUCUUUGUAAGCUUGGAACUUUAUCUUAAAACCCCACUUUGAUUGCCAAUGCCAAAUACCUCUGAACAUAGUUCCCUCCUGUCCUCCCUCUAUUUAAUGAAGUCCUAGAACACACUAGCACAUAUAAUUGUUCCAUUUAUGAUUCCAAGUGUGCCAUUUUUACUUCUAAAAUGUAUGCUGGACAUACAAGAAAUGCAAAUAAACAACU